AUGCGUAUCAAUGACUACCGAUGGACAACAACCGUUAGUGACUGGAUUCCUCAGGAUGUUAAAUGCACUGCAGGAAGACCGGCGACCCGACGGUCAGAGUUUUUCAAGAAAACUCUAGAACAAAGGUAUGAUGCUCAACGAUUAUCUAUAGCGAACAGAACCCACUGGGGUACUCUUCCACGCGACAAGGAAAAGUGGGAGAUUUACUGGCGUCGGCUCGAGUCAUUCCACAUUCAACGGGACUACAGAGUACAGGUGACACAGGUGAUUAGAUCUCGUAUAUGGGACGGAUCAGCUGUAGUGAUGCCGUUCAAGACAAAUAUAGCACUUUUUCGACUCCGUACUGGGCUCACCAAGCAUCUCAUCUUUCCGGGUUCGGGAAUUACUACCGAACUUACCUGGGAACAACUCACUCCUUACAAUUCAAGUGGUUAG